UUGUCUGCAGUCAAUCCUCUGACAUGCGUACAUUAGCAUAUUUACUAGUAUUUCAGCAAAAUGUUAUUUCUAUAACAAAGCAGACAUGCAUUUACAAUGACAUCCUCUUAGGGGCGUGCAUUCACACACACAAACACACAUAAGAGGGAGUGACUUACUGCUCACUGCUCAACAACAUUAGAACACCAUCCUCAUUACAAGAGGAGAAAGAAAGAGGCAGGGGAGAAAGGCUUGAAAUACUAAGCAAAGAAUUGUGUAUUUUUGGCUUCACAACAAAGAUAAUACAGAUGGCUUUUCAAGACAACACAAGUUGUACAAAACAAACAAAUGAAGAUCCCUUCUUUCCAGACAUCAUAGAAUUAAAUGUUGGUGGCCAAGUCUAUAUAACACGUUAUCUUACUUUGGUUGCUAUUCGUGGAUCACUCUUAUGGGAGAUGUUCUCACAGAAGAAUGUCCAGCCUUUGGCCAGGGAUAGCAAGGGUCGCUUCUUCUUAGAUCGUGAUGGAUUUCUUUUUCGAUAUGUGUUAGAUUACUUAAGAGAUCAUCAAUUGGUUCUUCCUGAUCAUUUUCCUGAAAGAAGACGACUUCAAAGAGAAGCUGAGUACUUUAAACUUCCAGAGUUAGUAAAACUCUUAGUGUCAAAGGUGGAUAAGCAGAACUCUAUUGGUGAUGAUACAAUUCAAAGUUAUUCUCAAGAACAGUCGCCUAACAUUGAAGUUGCCAAAAAUCUCACAUUUGUUAAUGCUCUUGCACCAAAUUUUGAGACUCAAUCAACACUCCCAGACCUAGAGGGGUCUGGUUUCAUCACUAUUGGCUAUCAUGGGUCUUAUACAUUGGGCAGAGACAAUCAAUCAGAUUCUAAAUUUAAAAGGAUUGCAAGAAUAAUGGUCUGUGGUAAGACCUCCCUGGUUAACGAUGUUUUUGGUGAAACACUAAAUGAGAGUAAAGAUCCUGAUCAACCUCUUGAAAUAUAUACCUCAAGGUUCUGCCUGAAAUGUAACUUUUUGGAACAAGCAUUUGAUAGGUUGGCAGAUGCUGGGUUUCAUAUGAUGGGCUGCAACUCUACUGGAACAUGCGGCUUUGCUCAUGAUCAAGCAGAUGACAAGAUCUUGACUACUUACACUGAAUAUAUUUUCUACCGAGCUGCGGCUACUCUAAUCGAUGGUAACCAGAGAAUAAGGACAUAUGUAACAGCCACUCGGGAACCAGCUAUACAUGAAAUAGAAGAGAAGAUAGACGCAAUACCACCACUACUAAUAGAAAAAAAGCAGGAGCCAGACAGUGGAAAUGAGCUUUCCAGUUCUAGCCUGGAUAGCCAUGAUUCACCUACAGUUUCCACAGAGCUUCCAAGUGAAAAAAAUGUUUCAAAGACAAAUGAUAUUUUUUUUCCUUAUGAUAAGAGUCUACCAUGCCCCACCACACUAGAUUUGUCUCAUUCUCUGAAAGAGCAUGACCAGACCAAGACACCAGAGUCAAGAAGAAACAGCUUGCAGGAAGUGGAAAAGGAAAAUGGUAUAGAGAGUUGUGGAGAUCCACCUGUACAGAGUAAGGAAAUAAAAGCUCUAGAAGUAGAAUUAGUUAAAUGUAUUGAGGAAUUUAAAAAAAUAAGAAUCCCAGUGAUGUUCCCCAAUAAGAAAAGACAUUGGCAGAAUGAACUCCUAAGAAAAUAUAAGCUGUAAUAAGAAAAAAGUAGUAGGCCUUCAGAAGGCCCUAUGAUAAAAUCGUAACAAAGUUGACAGGUUGCAACUUUAGUAGACAAUGUUGCACAGGCUCUGUCAGAUGCUAUGUACACAGAGAUAUUCUCCCUUAGACAAAAUGCCUCUAAGGGAGGGUACCUCUCUGUUUACAGUAUCUUCUGAACAUGCAACUGAUCUUUUUUGUUUGAUUAAGAUGGAACAAAACAGAAAAAAAAUUCUGUAGGCUGUGUACAUUAUGCUCAAGUGUAAACACUGAUGAACCAUGUAUUGAAAUAUUUUGUAGUAUGUCUGUGGAAAUUUUACCCCAUUCAUCCAGAGUAACAUUAGUGAGAUCAGACACUGAGGCAUGGCUUGCAAUAUUCAAUUUACAGUAGUCCAUACCAAAGUUGUUGGAUGGGGUUGAUUUGUCCCUAUAGUGGACAUAUAUUGCUUCUAAACUUUUUGGCCCAGAUUUAUCAAUCUGAGGACAGAAACUGUCUAAUUUGCCCAUAGGAACCAAUCAUAAUUCUACUUUCUACUUCUGAGGAAGCGGAUUCUCUGCGAAACGCAUUGCAUUGUGGGUAAUAAAAUUCCCUUACCUUAUCCUAGUCUCAGCACCCAUUUUAUACCACCAUGUGUUUGGAGGAGGAUUCUUAGUAUACCAAUGACAGACUAGGAGAAUGAAGGAGCCAGGGACAGUAGAUGGAAAGUAUAUGCUCGAGCAGAUGCCCUCCAUCACCCGUCAGUGACUUCUUCAGGGGUGCUGUGGCAUAAAAAUCAUCUUUACUAUAUAUAUGCUAGGUUUCCCCCUUUUUUUUUACCUGCAAAAACACAGAAAAACUGCUACUGCUUUUUCAUGUGUUAUGGUAAUUUUUUGGCAUUUUUUUCUUGUGCUUUUGCCUUCACUGCUGAAUGUGAGGGUGGGGGAGGGGAAAUGACAGUAUUUAUCUACGUAUAACACACACUGGCAUAUAACACGUACCCUCAUUUUCACAGGAAGAUUUGAGGGGAAAAAAUACAUGUAAAAUAAAUGACUUGGAAGCUCUGAACUAUAUGCCUCAUCACCCCCCAACUUUGAUUCCCCUUGAUCCUCAGUUUGCGCCCCCUCCUUUCUCCCCCUUUUAUCAAUCCCUGUGCCAUAUUUACUCCCCCGCC